AUGCAUACCCGUCCCCCCCCCCUCUAUGUAGUACUAUAUAAUUCUACAUAUGACACCCAUUCAACCCAGUUCGUUCUGAUCCUCGAGGAACUCCAAGUCCCCUACGUCAUCAAGUCAUUCAAGUUCGACGACGUGAAGAAGCCCCCCUUCAUCAACAUCAACCCCAACGACACGGAGAAGAAGCUGACCUACGACACCCUCAGCGAAAGACACUUACUCAACCAAUACCUCCAUUUUCAGAUGAGUGUCCUCCACGCCGAGAAAAUCACCUCCGCCGUCGACCGCUACGUCAAUGAACUCGUCAGGGACAAAUGCACGUUCCAGGACCUAGCCUUCCAGCCCUGGAACGAUCGCGUCAACAUAUCGCUUGGUCUUCCGCCUUGCGAAGACCCCCUAGAGCCGUAUCCCAAGGUCCAGGCGUGGCAUCGGCGCAUGGAGGUGCGUCAGAGGCUGAUGGAUGACCAGGAAUUGCAGGUGAAUGGGAUGCCGAAGGGCGUUACCAAUAUUAAGGAGUAUUAGGAGUUCACAGCGGCGCGGGAGCAGGAGCAGGGGCAGGAGAAGCCGUGAUAAAUUGGCGGCCUGUGUUAGACAUGCGGACGGUAACUACUUUGCAUUGUUUCGUUUUGUCGGUUGGGCGAGGCUGGGGAUCAGAAAACAUAUUAUUUACUCGAAAUGCAUGCCGAGUUCAAUGGUGGUGCAAUGCUG